CAAGCCGAUAGUCGGCAAGCUUUACUUAGAUUUUUUUCUAUAAAAAAAUAAAUUUAAUAAAACGAUUAGAAAAAAAAAUGCUCUCAUAUUUAAUUAAAAGUUUUCAUUUUUAUUUAAUUCGCAAUAUAGAGAAAAUUUAGAAAGAUAAUUAUCUUUUUGUAACAUAAAAAUUCCUAUUCAUAUCCAUAUUAAAUGCAAAAAAUUUUUUACACAACAAAGAUACAAUUAUUUUGAAGCUUGUAUUUUUAUUUUUAUCAUUAAGUGCAAAUUAUUUAUUUGUCAUAAAAGAGAGUAAUAACUUUUUUUUCGUGUGAAGUUUGUCAUUUAAUUGUCGGUUUACUCUUUAAAUUGAAAGAAAAAAAGUAAAUAAAUUACAUUUAAAAUGUCUAAACGAUCAGCAGAAGGUGGCGAUUCAAGUUCACAGCCUCCAAUUAAAAAAGUUCAAUUUGAACCAAUUUUAAUUGGACCCAUUUCAACACUUGAAGAAAUGGACAUGAAAGUUUUGCAGUUCCAAAAUAAAAAAUUGGCUCAGAGAUUAGAGCAACGUCAUCGUAUGGAAGCUGAACUCCGUCAAAGGAUAGAACAAUUAGAAAAGCGUCAAACGCAAGACGAUGCAGUUUUAAAUGUAGUCAAUCGAUAUUGGAAUCAAUUAAAUGAAGACAUUCGUGUUUUACUUCAAAGAUUUGAUGCCGAAACAGCCGAUGAAUCAGAAAAUAAAAAUGAAAGUGAAGCCACUACCUCUUUUCUCAUGCAACUUUCGUCUUGGGAUAAAGAAGAACUUGACGAUAAAUUGGCUAAUCGAGUUCAAGUUUCAAAACGUGCCGUUUCAAAAGUUGUUCAAGCCUUCGAUCGACUUUCUCAAAGAAAUGAAAAAAUUACUAUUGCUCUCAAAGGCGAAUUUGAAGGAGAAGAAGCACCAAAUAUCGAUGAAGUUGUACGAAACGCAAAUACGGAGAUUCAAACGGAAAAUAGAAAUUUACAAGCUAUUAAUCUUCAGCUUCAUGAGAAAUAUCAUACAAUAUCGCUUAAGAUGUCAGAACUUCAGGAUACAAUAACGGGCAAAGAUACGUUAGCGGCUGAAUUGCGAAAUCAAGUCGAUGAUUUACAGUACGAAUUAAAUAAAGUUCGUGCACGAAAUGACAAAUUGGAACAUCAUUUAGGAGAAGCUAUUGAAAAAUUAAAAGCAUUUCAACAAAUUCAUGGAUCUGAUGAUAAGGGUAGUAAUAAAUCGAAUACAAUUGUUCCUUCCAGUGUAUCGCAGACAAAAGUCGAAGAUCUACAGAGAGAAUUAGAAGAGACACGGGAAAUGGCUAAUAAUCGACUUCAAGAACUUGAUAAACUUCAUCAACAACAUCGCGAUGCACUCAAGGAAGUUGAAAAAUUAAAAAUGGACAUUCGACAGUUGCCAGAAUCUGUUAUCGUUGAAACUACCGAGUACAAAUGUUUACAAUCACAAUUUUCUGUUUUAUACAACGAAUCAAUGCAAUUGAAAACACAACUAGAUGACGCCAGACAACAAUUGCAAACAAGUAAAAAUGCUCACUUACGGCAUAUUGAAAUGAUGGAGAGUGAAGAACUUAUGGCUCAAAAGAAAUUACGCGGAGAGUGUAUUCAACUUGAAGACGUUCUAGCCCAAUUACGUAAGGAAUAUGAAAUGCUACGUAUUGAAUUUGAACAAAAUUUAGCAGCAAAUGAACAAACAGGACCAAUAAAUCGAGAAAUGAGACAUCUAAUAACUUCACUUCAAAAUCAUAAUCAACAAUUGAAAGGUGAAGUUCAUCGUUAUAAACGAAAAUAUAAAGACGCUUCAACUGAAAUUCCAAAAUUAAAAAAAGAAGUCGAAGAAUUAACUUCAAAACUCGGUCAACAAAAUACGCAGGACAAUAAAGAAGGAAAUAAUUCUGAUGGCAGUGGCAAAGAAGAAGAUCCUUCUAAUCCUGUACCUGGUUCGGCUCAGAUAAAAGAAGAAAGUAAUGUAUUAAUAAAACGAGAAGUUGGAAUUGAUGAAGAAUUAGAGACAAUUGAAGUGGGUGAAAAUGAAGGAAAUAAAGUAGCUCAUGAAUCAUCUACAUUAACAUCACCAGUAUUAAAAAAAGAAAAAGACAUUAAAAGGGAGAAGGAUAUGAAAAAGGAAGCUGUAAAAACAGAACAUCGUGAUCCAACUCAUAGAGCAUCGAAGGAUGCUAAGGCUGUGGAAGCGGAAAUUGUUCGAGAUUUAAAAGCGCAACUGAAAAAAGCCGUUAAUGAAAUGAAGGAAAUGAAACUGCUUUUGGAUAUGUACAAAGGUGUGGGAAAGGAACAACGCGAUAAAGUUCAACUUAUGGCUGCUGAACGUAAAACGAGAGCUGAACUUGAGGAAUUGAGACAACAAAUUAAGAAAAUACAGGAAAGUAAACGAGAGGAGAGAAAGAAACUAGCGGACGAGGAUGCUCAAAUGAAAAUCAAAAAAUUAGAGGAACAAACGUAUUCAUUACAAAAACAAGUUGCUUCUCAGAAACAGAGUUGUGUGUGGCUUCAGGAGGAGGAAGCUCUACUUAACGAAAUGGAAGUGACAGGUCAAGCAUUCGAAGAUAUGCAAGAACAAAAUUCAAGGCUGAUUCAACAAUUACGAGAGAAGGACGAUGCUAAUUUCAAAUUGAUGACGGAGCGCAUAAAAAGCAAUCAAUUGCAUAAACUUGCGAGAGAAGAAAAAGAUGUCCUAAAGGAGCAAGUAACAACAUUGACAACACAGGUAGAAGCUGCUAAUGUCGUUGUACGAAAAUUAGAAGAGAAAGAACGUCUAUUACAAAAUUCUCUAGCAACUGUGGAAAAAGAACUUGCACUGAGACAACAAGCCAUGGAAAUGCACAAGCGAAAAGCAAUUGAAAGUGCCCAAUCUGCUGCUGAUCUUAAACUUCAUUUAGAAAAAUACCAUUCUCAAAUGAAAGAAGCACAGCAAGUUGUUGCUGAAAAAACCAGUUCUCUUGAAGCUGAAGCAUAUAAAACGAAGCGUUUACAGGAGGAAAUAGCGCAACUACGACGAAAGGUGGAACGAAUGAAGAAGAUUGAAUUGGCGGAGACGGUGGAUGAAGUGAUGGCCGAAGAACUCCGAGAGUACAAAGAAACGUUGACAUGUCCCUCGUGCAAAGUGAAGAGAAAAGAUGCUGUUUUAACAAAAUGCUUUCAUGUAUUUUGUUGGGAUUGUUUGCGCACACGUUACGAAACACGACAACGCAAAUGUCCAAAAUGCAAUUGUGCCUUUGGGGCCAAUGACUAUCAUAGACUUUAUCUUUCCACUUGAGAGAAAAAACGUCGGUCUUAAAUAUAAUUUAAUGCCUAUUUGUAAAUACGUAUUAGUACACAUGCAUGUUCGAAAACAUUCGAUUAAAUUUUUUUUACUUUAUUAUUAUUUUUUUUUUUUGUUACUAGUUUAUUCAUUUAUGCAGACGUGAAUUCAAAGCAAAUGAAUUGCAAUUAAAUGUAUGUAAGUUGUGUAUUAAAAAUAGUAAUUUAUACAGUAAAAUAAUUAUCAUAUUUA